AAGGCUUGUUCCCUGUGUGGGCCAAGAGCUUCAGCCGCUGGGCACCCCCACCACGCCGCAUCCCGCUCGCCAUCCCCCAGCCCCGGGGUUUGCGCGCUCGUUUCUUCCGAAGUGCUGCGCUCCCGGCGACUUUCUGUUUGUUUCCUUUGUUGCUCUGAAAACCGGUACUGAAAAACCCCUCACUUCGCAGGGAGUUGCACUUCCAAGAAAGGCGGUUGCCGCGGGCUGCAGCGACCCCUCCAGCGCCCCCCGCCACCUUGGUUCGUUCGCCCGAGGAAGCCAGUCGAGAGCUCAUUGAUGCACCCAUUCCAGUGGUGUAACGGGUGUUUCUGCGGCCUGGGACUGGUUAGCACCAACAAGUCCUGCUCGAUGCCACCCAUCAGCUUCCAAGACCUUCCCCUCAACAUCUACAUGGUCAUCUUUGGCACAGGCAUCUUUGUCUUCAUGCUCAGCCUCAUCUUCUGCUGCUAUUUUAUCAGCAAACUCCGGAACCAGGCACAGAGUGAGCGAUACGGAUAUAAGGAGGUGGUGCUUAAAGGUGAUGUCAAGAAGUUACAAUUAUACGGGCAGACCUGUGCAGUCUGUCUGGAAGACUUCAAGGGGAAGGACGAGCUAGGUAUGCUCCCAUGCCAACAUGCCUUUCACCGCAAGUGUCUGGUGAAGUGGCUAGAAGUACGCUGUGUCUGCCCUAUGUGUAACAAGCCCAUUGCUGGUCCCUCAGAGGCCACUCAGAGCAUUGGGAUCCUAUUGGAUGAGCUAGUGUGACUGCUGCCUCUACACCAAGACCUGGAGAAGACCUCUUGCCUUGUGGAUGCCUGGUCCCUUUGCACAGCUACAGUGAACAAGACAGUUGGAUGGUGAUGAUCAUGCUCACCUUGAAGGGGAGGAUGGUGUAGGGCUGGUCUUUGCCAUAGGGUGACAGCAGUCCCAGACUUGCCCCACCUUUCUGCCUCCUGAAGCCACCUUCCCUGCUACUCAGUACCAAUGGUAUCACCUAUCAAGACCACUGCAUCAUGGUACUGGACUAUCUACCUGCCUUGUCCUUGCUCUAGGGAAAGAAAUAUGCCCCUCUCUGGCCAAGAACUUGGAGCACUCCCUUUCUAGGUUCUCCUUAGGAGGACAAGCCAGCCUUUUCUAGAAAAAGGGAUGACAUGGGCUCUACCCCACCUGCAACUUCCCCUCCUCUUCUCACUCUUUCCAAAGGAAGGUUGGGAGGGAAGGAAGGAAAGAUCAAGGAACCAUAUGCCUCCAGUGGAGGCGAGGGAGGCUCUGUGUAAAGUAGGGAAGAGCAGGGACAUAUGAAGGGAAAAAGUCAAUGUUUACAUGAGACCUGUUGAAGCAAAGGCUGGCCAGCUAACUGCAGGGUAAUAGGGGGCAAACCCCGCCCCCCGGCUAGCAUCUGAGGUGCUACCCUAUCUCUCUCUUCUCGGUUACUCUCAGAGCUUCCGAUUACACGCUGGGGUUUGAGUGCCCCUCUGAAGCAGGGGCUUGUUUUACACUCAGAUCAAUUCCCAGGGUUUUUUCCCUAAAGAAGCAGAAGGGGCCUGGGGAUGAGGGUGUCUGACAGCUAAGGUAAGAACAGCAACCUCCUUCCCCUUUGUAAAUAGUAUUUUUAUAUGUCAUCCACACCAUCUCAGGCUUUAUACAUGGAAUCCCCAGAAUAAAAGGGGGGUGGGGGGUUUUCUGUUCCUCUCCAGAGUGGGUGAGGAUGGGAAAAGGGGUAUGUAUUUAAAGAAAAUUAAAUUUAAUAACAAGUUUCUCUAACCUCCUUUUGCCUGUGGUUGUGGCCUGCGCCUGUUGGGUCUUUUCUGCCAGUAGCGGGGAAAGUUCUCUAUCUGCCGCUUCUCACUGCCCUACAUCCAAAACAAACAUACAUACACAGAAAUGCUCCUGGUCCUUCCAAAGAAAAAACUGAUAUCCGACCAGUGCCUGUACAUCAUAGGUUAGGACUGACACCAAGGUAUAUCAGGCCUGACUAAGCCAGGCUCAUUUUUUUUUAAAGAAAGUUGAUGUCUCAACCACAUUUGGUUUGACUAAGACAUGAAAUUAAUAGACUAGCACUUGUAAUUCAAGCAAUUGUUAGUACCCUUAACACCACUAAAAAGGUCCAGGCUGUCACCACGGGAGCUUGGUCUCUUCCCUUACUCCACUUUUUUCUUACCUACUAGCUGACUGGAGCCCUGGUGGCACAAUGGUUAAGUGCUCGGCUGCUAACUGAAAGAGCAGCAGUUCGAACCCACCAGCGGCUCUGCAGGAGAAAAGACCUGGUGAUCUGCUCUUGAAGAUUACAGCCUAGGAAACCCUGUGGGGCAGUUCUACCCUGUCCUACAGGGUGGCUAUGAGUCAGAAUCGACUUGACGGCACACAACAUUGGACAACCACCGACGCCGCAAACCUGGCUUCCUAUGCCAUGUCUAGAAGAGCAGACGCUGCAUUGUUAAUGCCCCCGGCUGCAUUCGGAUCUUGCACCUGUGCCCUCCAGCUUUGCUCUGUCAAUGUCACAAUGGGGUGCAGAAUGAAUAUUGGCUAUGCAAAAUGGAUGGAAGGUGUUGGGAACAAUUGCCUUGGGCCAUUUCAUGAGCA